AUGCGCGUCUUACAAGGCCUCCUCUUAUCCUUCGCGCUUGCGCUGUUGCUUGUGCAAUUAGCCCUCGCCGCGGAGGACUUCUACAAGAUUCUAGGGUUGGACAAGAGUGCUUCGGAGAAGGAUAUCAAACGGGCAUAUCGAACCAUGAGCAAGAAAUACCACCCCGAUAAGAAUCCAGGCGAUGACUCGGCCCGCGAGAAGUUCGUCGAAAUAGCCGAAGCAUACGAAGUCCUAUCUACAGCAACCACACGAAAGAUUUACGACCAAUAUGGCCGGGAGGGAGUCGAGCAACAUCGUCAAGGCGGAAUGGCCGGUGGCCAGGCACACGAUCCGUUUGAUCUCUUCUCGCGGUUCUUCGGCGGCGGCGGACACUUUGGACAUGCGCCUGGGCAUCGUCGCGGGCCGGAUAUGGAGUUCCGGAUUGGGCUACCGCUUCGCGAUUUCUACAACGGGCGGGAAUUUGAGCUGAACCUGGAGAGGCAGCAGAUUUGCGAUACGUGCGAGGGGACGGGAUCAGCGGAUCGCCAUGUCACCAAGUGCGAUAAGUGCUCAGGUCGUGGCGCGGUUAUCCAGAAGCAUCAGCUGGCGCCGGGAAUGUUCCAGCAGGUUCAGAUGCAGUGUGAUAAGUGUCGCGGGCAGGGGAAGAUGAUCACGAAGCCGUGUCCCGUGUGUCAUGGGCAGCGGGUUGUUCGGAAGGAGGUCGAGACGCUUGUUACGGUGGAGCCUGGUAUGGAUCGCGGGACGCGGCUAGUGUAUGAGAACGAGGGAGACGAGAGUCCCGACUGGAUUGCGGGCGACCUGGUACUUAUCCUGGAAGAAAGGGAACCGGAGCUCGGCACGAACGAGGAACAUCGCACGGACGGCACAUUCUUCCGCCGGAGAGGGCGAGAUCUGUUCUGGAAGGAAGCCCUAUCACUGCGGGAGGCGUGGAUGGGCGACUGGACGCGCAACAUCACUCACCUAGACGGCCACGUUGUUCAACUAGGGCGCAAGCGUGGCGAGGUCGUGCAACCGUUGUCUGUGGAAACGAUCAAGGGCGAAGGUAUGCCUUACUACUCAGAAGGACAUCUCCACGACCACGACGACCAGGAACCGGGAAGCUUGUACGUCGAGUACACCGUCAUUCUGCCUGACCAGAUGGAAAGCGGGAUGGAGAAGGACUUUCAUGCCCUGUGGGAGAAAUGGCGCAAGAAGAACGGUGUCGACUUGGCGAAAGACAGCGAGCGGCCCGCGCCUCCAGUAAAAGAUGAGUUAUGA